GCCUCGUCGAGGGAGGGAGAGGAGGAGGAAGGCCACAGAGAGGGGGGGCGGAUCGGAGCGGGCUCCCGCGUCCAGCCGCGGAGGGCGCCGGCAAGGCACCGGGCGUCGGAGAGGCAAAAGUCCCGCUCCCUCUCGCCCUCGCCGGCUCUCUUCGAUAUCCCCCAAGAUGGCCGCCGAUGCGGGAUCGAUGGUUCAAUAUUGGAAGCAAUUGGAUCUCCGCCGGCUCCAGAAGGAGCUUAAUUCCGUUGCUUCCGAACUGGCAGCGCGGCAGGAAGAAAGCGAACAUUCUCAUAAACAUUUAAUUGAACUCAGCCGGGAAUUUAAGAAAAAUGUACCUGAGGAGGUGCGUGAUAUGGUGGCUCCUGUCUUGAAAAGCUUCCAGGCAGAGGUGGUCGCUCUUAGUAAAAGAAGCAAAGAAGCUGAAGCAGCCUUCCUGAGCGUUUACAAGCAACUCAUUGAAGCUCCAGAUCCUGUACCUGCCCUCGAGACGGUGCGGAGCCUUGAAGACCGGCGUCAACAGCUGCACUGCCUCGGUCCUGAAAAACCCCCUUUGAAGGAGCUGAACAGACCAUGGAAGAAGAACUCUGAAUUCCUGUGUCCAAAAGAGCAAAGAGACGGGACGCCUCCCACCGGGGUCGCUAUUUCGCUCGCCAGCAUCAACAGCAAAGUGCUCCUAACCGAAACCUUGCUACAGAGAAAUGAAGCUGAGAAGCAAAAGGGCCUGCAGGAAGCACAGAUCACUUUGGCUGCCCGGCUGGGGGAAGCAGAAGAGAAGAUCAAAGUGCUCCAUUCAGCACUGAAGGCAACACAGACGGAGCUAGUCGACUUGCGGUGUAAAUAUGAUGAAGAGGCAGCUUCAAAGACAGAUGAAGUGGCCAUGAUUAUGACGAACCUUGAAAAAGCCAAUCAGAGAGCCGAGGCCGCCCAGAGGGAGGUGGAGAGCCUGCGGGAACAGCUUGCGUCUGUAAACAGCUCCCUGCGCCUGGCUUGCUGCUCUCCCCAAGGACCCAGCGGGGACAAAGUGAACUACUCGCUGUGCCCAGGACCCCGGCUAGAGGCCGCACUCGCAGCCAAGGAUCGAGAAAUCCUCCGGCUUCUCAAGGAGAUUCAGCAUUUGCAAAAUGCCAUGCAGGAGCUAGAAGAGUCUUCGGCCAAUCAGAUUGCAGACUUGGAGCGGCACGUGGCAGCCAAGGAUGAGGCCAUAGAAAAGUUGGAAGAAAAACUACGAGCCCAAUCAGAUUAUGAGGAGAUCAAGACAGAACUGAGCAUCUUGAAAGCAAUGAAGCUGGCCUCCUCUAACUGCAGCGUUUCCCAGAGCUUAUCAAAGCCCAGCGAUGCUUUGCUUCUGGGAAAAGACUCCUUCUACCCAUCGCAGAAGUUCCUUUUGGAAAAACCAACCCUCAUACCCAAUACUGAGGAGGAUCCCUCGGAGGAUGAGUCAGCGAAAGACUCCUUGGGCACAGGCCAGCCCUACCUUUCCCCUCAGCAGCUCUCGCACAUGGCCCGGGAAGACUCCGCCUCCCCGUCCCUCCUCCAGCCCCUGCUGGGCCCUGCGGUGGCUCAGGAAGCGCCAAGGCCCUUCUCGCUGUCGCCUUUCCCCAGCCUCAGUACUGCUGAGCGGAUGCCCUUGGACUCUCUUCUCCCCAAACAGAUGGGGCCUCCCGUCUACAAGUCGGAGGCUAGUGGCGUAGCGGCCUUCCCUUCCGCCUUCUAUGCCGCCAAAGGGGCGGUGCUGCCAGGCAACCCCAGCCAAGGCAUCCCUGCCAGCGAGGUGAGCCUGCCCAGCGACCAGUCGGAAGGCAGCAGUUCAGGUCCGGCUGACGAGGAGCACUUGGAUACGGCCGAGAUUGCUUUCCAAGUGAAGGAGCAGCUACUCAAGCACAACAUUGGCCAGCGUGUCUUUGGGCAUUACGUCCUCGGCCUCUCUCAGGGCUCGGUGAGCGAGAUCCUGGCUAGGCCGAAGCCUUGGCGCAAGCUCACGGUCAAGGGGAAAGAGCCAUUCAUCAAGAUGAAGCAGUUCCUCUCCGAUGAGCAGAAUGUGUUAGCUCUGAGGACGAUUCAGGUUCGUCAGAGAGGUAGCAUUACGCCGAGGAUUAGGACACCAGAAACCGGCUCUGACGACGCCAUCAAGAACAUCCUAGAGCAAGCCAAGAAGGAGAUUGAGUCACAGAAAGGAGGGGACACCAAGAGCUCCACGGUGCCCCAGGCAGUCACCAAUGGCACCGGCACUGGCACCAGCAAUUCAGAAGAUGCCAUCAAGAGUAUCCUGGAGCAGGCCCGCCGGGAGAUGCAGGCUCAACAGCAAGCCUUGCUUGAGAUAGAAGCAGGAGGCACUAGCAGGCCUGUCGCCACGCCACCUGCAGAACGCCCAACCCUGGCGACUGUGAGCCAGAACAUUGUCCAGGCCUACAUCAAGCAGGAAGAGGGGACGCUGGGCCCAAACGCCAGUGGAAGUGCCACACAGACACCCCUGACAGUGCUCUCCCCUGCAGCCUUCGUGCAGAGCAUCAUCCGUAAGGUCAAGUCUGAAAUUGGGGACGCUGGCUCCUAUUUUGACCAACACUGGGCUUCAGAAAGGAGCUUGUUGAGCCGCCCGUAUACCUCGGUGUCGCCCUCCCUUUCCUCCUCGUCCAGCUACUCCAGCAUGGCCAACGGGCGAGCGUGGCAGCGGGGUGAACCCGGUGAUGUUCUCCCGAAUGAGGAAGACCUUCCGACCUCUGAGGACGAGCCCCACAGAGUGCUAGAGGUCAAAUCAGAAGUGGGUGGCUCAGAACCCCAGGGCACCGGGCGCCUGUCUUAUUACCCAUCUUAUGUGCCAAGGACUCUCAAACCCACUGUCCCACCUUUAACACCAGAGCAGUAUGAGAUGUACAUGUACAGGGAAGUGGACACCUUGGAGCUAACGCGACAAGUCAAAGAGAAGCUGGCCAAGAACGGGAUCUGCCAGCGUAUCUUCGGGGAAAAGGUGCUGGGACUGUCACAAGGGAGCGUGAGUGACAUGUUGUCCAGGCCCAAGCCAUGGAGCAAGCUAACCCAAAAAGGGCGGGAACCUUUCAUACGGAUGCAACUGUGGCUCACAGAUCAGCUAGGCCAAGGGAUAAGCCAGCAGGCCAACCCUCCUCAUGCCAGUCCUAGGGAGACCCAGUCUUCUCCUUCCCCACCACCCAGUCCCUCAGAGCAAGAGAAAAGCCCCCUUGAACCACUGAGUCUCACCCUGGAAAGCAGCAAAGAAAACCAGCAGCCAGAGAGCAGGUCUGGCUCCUCGCUGAGUGGGAAGAUCUGUCCGAACAGCCAGGGGCCUGUCGGCAUUCAGGAGAUUGUGGCCAUGUCACCGGAGUUGGACACUUACUCCAUCACCAAGAAGGUUAAGGAGGUCUUAACGGAUAAUAACCUCGGUCAGCGGCUUUUUGGAGAGAGUAUCCUGGGCUUGACUCAGGGGUCCGUCUCUGACCUCCUUUCCAGGCCCAAGCCAUGGCACAAACUGAGCCUUAAAGGGAGGGAACCAUUUGUCCGCAUGCAGCUGUGGCUGAACGAUCCGCACAAUGUUGACAAGCUCCGGGACAUGAAAAAAUUGGAGAAGAAAGCAUAUUUGAAGCGUCGCUACGGACUGAUCAGUGCUGGCUCGGGCAGCGAGUCUCCCAACGUCCACUCAGAAUGUCCCAGUCCAAGCCUCCAGUCGCAAGAUCUCAGCCUCCUGCAGAUCAAGAAGCCGAGGGUGGUCUUGGCUCCCGAGGAGAAGGAGGCCUUGAAAAAAGCUUACCAGUUGGAGCCGUACCCUUCCCAACAGACCAUCGAGCUGCUGUCUCUCCAGCUGAACCUCAAGACCAACACCGUGAUCAACUGGUUCCAUAACUACAGGUCCCGGAUGCGCCGUGAGAUGCUGGUGGAAGGGGCGCAGGAAGACACAGAUCCGGAACAGAGCACAACUCCAGCCAGCAACUCCUUCAAGGGUCCUCAGCCUCAGAGUCCUGACUCUGAAGAAGAGGACAGGAAACCCACCUUCAGAGAUGCCGAGUGCCAAGGAGAAAGCGAGUCACUGGUCCAGAUCAAGGAGGAGCAGAUGGAGGCGGGUGAGAAGGAGGACUGUUCAAAUCACGGGGACUCCUGUAGCCUGGACGGGGAGAUGGAGCCCAUCUCCAGACCCAGCCUCAAAGAAGAGCAGGUGGAAGCAGCAUGCAGAGGAAGCCCAAACGAAGCUCACGGUGUGACAUGGGGCAGCAGCACCACACAUAGCAAAACACACCUAUUUGGGGCUCCUGAUUAUUCCUCUUUGCAUAACCACCUGGAGUCAGACAGUAGUGAGAGGCCUCAUCCUGAUCCAAUUAGCUUUAAAUCUGCUUCUGAAUCCUCCCGGUGCAGCUUAGAGGUCUCUCUGAACUCCCCAUCAGCAGCCUCCUCUCCAGGCCUCGUGAUGUCCGUCUCUCCCGUUCCAUCCUCGUCUGCCCCCAUCUCCCCAUCGCCACUGAGCGCCGUUGCUGCCAAAGCACAAAGUUCAAGUCCUGCCACAGACAUGGGCUGCACGCCCCCGAAUGCCAAACUGAGUACAAACAUCCAGCGACGGCACGAGAAGAUGGCUAACCUCAACAGCAUCAUCCAUAGGUUGGAGAGAGCGGCCAACCGAGAUGAAACCCUGGAGUGGGAAUUUUGAGAGGCCAAGUAAAAACAAAAUAAACUACCCAAAUUACAUUAUCCAGAUUCUAAAUGCUGUGGAA